AUGAACAAAAAUUACGAAUUCGAGUAUUACACAAAUUGCAACAAAACUGAAUUAAAGGAUUAUGAAACUCACUCAGAUGUUUCUUGCAAAAUUGGAUACAGCGAUUCCGAAUCGGAAGGAGUAGCAUCAAUUAAGGAAAUUCCAUAUUAUGCAUGUGAUAGUAACUUGAAAAAUUAUAAAAAAGAAAAAUUAGAAAAACCAGUGUGGAAAAGUAUUUACGAUAUUGAAAAGACAACAAAAAAUUCAUAUUCAGAUUAUGAGUAUAGUAAGGAUGAGCAAUGGAACAGUGAAGCGGAGUCCCCAAGAUUUGGUAACACAUCAGAGGAUGAAAAUGAAGUGGAUAAAGAUGAAGGAAAUGAGAAACACUGUCGUAACAAAGGAGAGUCAUAUGAGCCAUAUGAAACGGAAGAAGCAGAAGAUGAAGAGGGAGACAUAGAAUUCGUGAGAAAAAUGAACGAAGCGAAAGGCUAUGAAAGAGAAGGUAAAUGGGAAAAUGAACUCAUGAAAAAGGUUAAUGGCUCUAAAAAUUUUGACCCAUUUAAAACAGCAAAUGGUGAAAUAAAAGGACUAACUGGUAGGGAAUCAUUUGAAAAUUUUUCAAAUGGAGAUAUGUCCAUGUCAAACCACCUGAACUAUAACUUCAGAAGAGAAUUCGAAAAUAACAUGUACAAUAACUUAAGCAUUUUUAAAAAUUCCAAAAAUAAAGGUGAUGAUGAGGCGGCUAAACACUUUCUGAAGCCCAAAACAUUUAAGGAUAAGAAUGGUUUUUUUUGUGAUUUGGAUGAUGAAAAGUUGGAUAUCGAGUUUUUGAAAAAGGAACAUGAAAAGUUAACGAAGGUGGUAAAAAUAGGAAACGCUGGAAAAAGGACAAAUGAUAAUUCCUCCCAUAGGAAAUUCUCCCACAAUUCGAGUGAAGCUAAUCAUAGGAACAAUCAAAAUGUCAGUAAAUUGAAAAGAAAAACAAACAAACAAAUAUUGGAAAGUGUUUCGAAUAAUAUAGACAAGAACUCUACUUUGUCUUCUGAGAAUAGCACAUCAGACACAUAUGACCAUGAUUCAAUAAACCGCAAGAAAGUCCAUUUUAAGAACGAAAAAAUUAUCAAAGAGAGGAACGGGCAUUUAGGAAGUUCUAUAAGAAUGAAAAAUUCCUUUCUGAAGAAGAUACCCGUGGAUAACAUGGGAGGAGAAGGUGUACAGGAGGAAGAAAUAGAGGAAGAAUCGGAGGAAGAAAUGGAGGCACAAAUGGAGGCACAAAUGGAGGCACAAGUGGAGGAAGAAAGGGAGGAAGAAAGGGAGGAAGAAAUGGAGGAAGAAAGGGAGGAAGAAAUGGAGGAAGAAAUGGAGGCACAAGUGGAAGAAGAAACGGAGGAAGAAAUGGAGGCACAAGUGGAAGAAGAAACGGAGGAAGAAAUGGAGGCACAAGUGGAAGAAGAAACGGAGGAAGAAAUGGAGGCACAAGUGGAGGAAGAAACGGAGGAAGACGUGGAGGUGAAUCUUCAAAGGGACAAGAGAGGUUUUACAAAAUGUAAACAAAACAAAGGAAAGGUUAAAGUUCAAGAAAAAAAAUACCCUGGAAAGAAGCAUAACGAUAAAUCAGUCAAUUUGUUCAAGAAAAAAACAAAGGCUAAACAGAAACAAAGUAAGGAAAGGGAUGAAGAUAAAAGUAGAGACAAUAGAAAAAAUACAUUUUAUGAGGAAGAAAUAAACAAUGAUCUGACGAAUGAAUAUAUUGCAAAAGAAAUGAACUUUGAGUGGUGGAAAAUUAAUGAAAAAGAGGAAACUGUGGAUGAGAAAUCAAGAAAUAAUGGCGAUUUAGAAAAAUCAGAAACGGGAAACAUGAAUAAGGGAAAAAUAUCAUAUCGUUAUGAAAUACCAAAGGAUAUUUCUUAUUAUGUAGAAAAGUAUCAAAAGAGAAAGGAUAGGAAAAAUGCAGAUCAUAUAAAUAUUCGAAAAAAAGGUGAACAAAAUAAGAAUACAACAAAUGGAAAGAUAAAACCAAUUGAAGAUGAUCCCACAUGUUUGAUAGAUAACCCUAAUGAUUACUUGAACAAAAAAGAUUUUACUUCAAACACUACAUUCCAUGAGAACAGUGAAAAUGUCAGUAAUUCCACAUUUUCAAGUGAACAUAGUAAAAAUGAACAUAAUUCAGAUAACACAAGUCAGGAGUUCUCCAUCGGAGAAGAGAAAAGUAACGAUGUUCAACUUGAAAAAGGAAACUGGUCAAUGUAUAUCCCAAGAAAUGAUAUUAAAAAAGUAAAACCUAAGGAUGAAAUGAGUCCAAUUGGUGUGAAUGUAAGUGAAAAAGCAAAUGAAUUUAAAAUUUUGAAUAAAACGGGGGAGUCAUAUUCAAAUAAUAGGACCACAGUAGUACGAAAAAAAUUAGAUAUGAACCCCGAUUUGAGGGAAAUAAAAUUUACUGAAGAAAAUAAUAUGAGCAGUAGUGCAGCAACACAUGAUAAUUCCUUUUUUUAUGAUAAUAAGACAGAUGAAAAAAGUGUUUUUUGUACUUCAUCUGAAAAUAAUUUAGAAAAAAAAACAUACGAAACAUAUGAUACAUGUAACAAUAUGGACGACAUUUACGACAAAAUAAAUGCAUAUUUUGAGAAAAAUGAUGAAGGGUGUAAAAAUAUGAAUAGUAAAGAUUAUAUGCAGAUUAUGAUUGAUACCAUUAGAAACUGCAAUGCAAAUAAUAAUUUUCAUAUUAAUGUAAAUGAAAUGGAAAAUAUACAACUUUGUGAAAAGGAAAAGAACAAAAAAAUGGAUAUUUUUUUAAAGUACUUAAAAUGUAUUGAUGGGAAUUCAUUAAAUAAGGCUUUCAAAUAUUUUGUUGAGAAUGAAGAUGACGACAUCAGGAGGAAACAAUUGGAAAUGUGCUUAAUCGAAAAAGAAAAAGAAGGGGUGACUAAUAAAGAAAAUCUGGAAGAAGCAGCAGAAGUAGCAGCAGAAGAAAAAGAAGCAGAAAAAAGAUAUCCCUUGCUGAUGAAUAAUCAAAAUACACAAACGUAUAACAACAGUUUAAAAAAUGAACAUGUACAAACACACAAUAAAGAUAUAAAAAUGGAAGACAAUUUUAUGCAAACAGAUAUAAAAGAUGUUAAUACAAAAUUGUGUGUUAAAAAUGAAAUGAUAAGCAAAAAGACAAGUAUAGAUUCUAUUUUUUUUAGAAAUUUAAGUAGGGAUAGCAAUAUUGCGUCAAGUGUGAAUAAAAAUAAUAUAUCCAUUUCUCAAUUUGAAGCGAGAGGAGAAAAGAAAACAAAAAAUGAUUUACCACAUGAUGAUGGAAGCAACAAUUUAAACCGAGAUGAAUACAAUGAACUAAAAAAGGUAAGCGAACUGAAAGAAAAGAUUUUAGAAAAAAUUAAAUCAUGCUAUGAAAACAUGAGCGAAAAUAAUGAUGAAGCAGCCAUACUGAUGUUGCAAGAUAGAAACGAAUACAAACAAAUUGGUGAAUCAAAUGAGAUGGAUAAUAGUAGAAGAAACUGUACUCAUCGAGUAGAGAAUGACAAUGUGAAAAAAAAAAAUAAUAAAAAUAAAAACAAAAGUGUAAUCACAAUGGAAACAUUCGAAUCAAUGAAAUCCUUUGAAAAAGAAAUGAAUUUACUUAAAUCACAUAACGAAAGGUUAAGAAGAAGGAUUGAAAAGUUGUAUGUGGAAAAGGAAAGGAUAAAAUGUGAUUACUUAAAAAUGGAAAAAAUUAAGCUAAGUCAGGACAACCUAUUUUUAGCAACGGAAAAGCAUAUUGAAAAAUUACACGAUCAAUUGGAUAAUUUAUCUAGACAAAAUGAAAAUAUGAAGGGUGAUUUGAAACAAAAGAACAUUAAAAUCAUUGCCCUCGAAUCUCAAAUAGACGUUGCUAGUUCAGAUGAAGCUAAUUCAGAUGCUGCUCAUGCCCGGUGGGGAUCCAAUAGAAAGACAAAUUCUGACAAAGAAUUAUCGCAUAUGAACUUACACACAUUCAGGGAAAAUAACGAGGAAAAACAAUUUGAGCACCUAAACUUAAACAAAAAAAUAGACCAAUAUAAAGGGAAAAUUAAAGAUAAAAAGAAAAUAAAGGAACAGAUCAACCAACUGCAAAACCAAUUGCAUAUUUUGAAAGAUGAUCUUAAAAAGAUGGAAUCUGUAAAGCUGGAAAAUGAACAACUGAAAAAAUUAUUAAGUAUGAAAAAUUCUAGUAUUCAUGAGUAUGAAAAGAACAUAAAUAAGUUAGAAAAUAACAUUGGGAAAUUAAAUGAACACAAUUUCCAUUUAUGUAAGGAAAAUUCAAAUAUGUGUGAAAAUAUUGUCAAGUUAAAACAUGAAAAUAUGAUGAUGGUUUUACCAGUUUGUGAUAAAAACACAUUAGAUAAUCCUAACAUAGAGCAAAAUACUAUUCGUGCGAAUUAUCAGGAAAGAGAAAAUGAGAAUUUAAAAAGGGAUAGAGAAAAUAGAAUAAAAUAUUUAGAAGAUUAUAUUGAUACUUUGAAGCAGCAAAUUUUUGAUCUAAAUGAACAAAUUGCAGAUUUGAAAGAAAAAAAUCUCCACUUAAAGAAAUUUUCUAUGAUGAUGAAAAAUAACGAAGAAGGCGACUCAGGAUGCAGCAAUAGAGACAUAGAAAUCAUACAAACAGAGACAGAAAAAGUAUAUAUGGAAAAAAUUAACUUAUUAAAAAUCAAAUUAGAAGAAAGUAAAUCUAAAAUCAGCAUGCUCAAUGACUUGCUCAAAACAUCUAAUAGUCAAUCAACUCAGUUAAACAAAAAAAUAAAAAACAUAUUAAGAGAAAAUAAAACUUGGCGAAAAAAAUAUGAAAAAUGUCUUACUUAUUUGGAGCAAUUAAAAGGGAAAUAUGAUGAGGAUGUUUUAAAAAUACAAAGGGAAAAUUUAUCUUUAUCAUUGGAUCCAUUGAGCCAAGAGAUCAUGCCUUCUCUGCACCAUAGAAGCAUUGAUCAAGGAGCUCAAAAUGUGUCAGAUGGAUUAGGUAAUUACAAACAGGAGGGAGGAAAUAUACAACACAAUUGUGUAAAUAUACUAGAUAGAGGAAAGUGCAUAUCUGAAGAAAUAUCACAUGAUGAGGAAAAAAAAAAAAAUGAAAGCGUCGAAAUUCCCGACCGUUCAGAUAGGAAUAACGAUUGUAAGAACUCAGCAGGAAUGGAAAAGGACCUAAAUGAAAAUCGCACAAAAGAAAGUAGAAAUUAUAAAAAUGUAGAUGUGGAAGAGGAAAAUAAUGUUAAACCGUACAAUGUUUUUAAGAUUAACGAUGUUGCGGAACAUGUUGGGGGAAAGUUUUCUCUGAGUAAUGCAUCACUCAUUUGUGAAUCGCCCAUUAAUGCAAAGUCAAAUGUUAACCUGAGCAUGGAUAAUAAGGAAAAUAAGCAUGUCUACAUAAAUGAUAUUUUCGAGAUCGAUAGUAUUACAAGGGAUAUAUAUGAUAUGUUCCAAAAUAAUGAAAAGAAUGUGGAGGAAAAAUUGCGUGAAAGGAAAAAGAAGAAUCACAAUGAAAAAAAUUUUAAGGAUAAUGCUGAGUCUUAUAGCAUUAACAAUACUUAUAGCGUGAAUAAUAACUACUUAAGCAGCACAAAUAGAACAAAUGAUUCACAUCGUAUGCAUAUUAGAAAUGCUACAAAUGAUAUGGUGAAGAAGAAUGUAGACUAUUUGAGAAACAGUUUCGAUCACAAAAUAAACGAUAAAAGAAAAGCUGAGGAAAUAGGAAACUUCAAUUUUGAGGGUUAUCCACAACAGGUUAAAUGUUAUGCGAAGGAGAACAUGGAAAAAAUGCAGCAAGAAGAUGCAAAAUAUGAUAGUCAAUAUACAGAAAAUAUUAACAAAUCAAGAAAUGGAAAAAAUAUUAAUAAAAUGCAAAUGUUACAAAAGGAUAUAAUUUCAUCACAAAAUAAUGAAUUGGUGAAGAAUAAUAUUCAUGCGUUAGAAAACAAUUGGUAUGAAAAUAAAAACAUAUUACAUGAAAACAAUAAAUAUGAAAACACUUGUGCCAUUUCGCAAGGUUAUGAAAUGAGUAUUGCAAGCAAAAACGAUGGACAGAGAACCGAAUCAAAAGAAAACAACAUAAGCAAUAAAAGCAAAAAAUCACAAGCGUGGAUAAUUGACAUUAACAAUAAUAAUGUGUUCCCUUAUAGGAAACUACAAAACACACUUCUAGCAGAUGAGGAAACAGACACUUGUUCCAGAAGUAGUCAAAAGGAUAACCAGAAAAUAGGUUCUAGGAAUGGGUUGAAAAAUGGGUCCUCAAAAAGUGCGAAGAUGUUGAAGAGGAAAACUAAGAAUAGAAUGGAUGAAGAUAUGAACACGAACAGAAAGAGAAAUUUGCAUAAUUUUCUGAUUGAAAAAAAAUGUACAAAGGAAGAAGUCGCACAAAAGGCGAAAAGUAAAGAAAAACUACAUUUACUAGUUAAUAAUAUUUCGAAUCUGGUUAAGAACAAAAUAAAAGAUGAACUAAAUAACAAAAACAUCCCAAAAGAUAUAUUAAAUUUUGAAAUAACAAAAAUAAAAAAAAAAUCCAAUGGUUCAAAGGAUAGUUUAAAUAAUAAACGACAAGAUACAACUAUCAUUUUAAGUAGUGAUUCUAUGUCCUUAUCUUCUGAAACUUUAAAUGAUACUUUUGAGAUGAUAGAUAAUUAUAAGAAAAAUGAGGAAUCACAAAACAUUUUAAAAAAUCACAAGGGGAAAUCUCAUUCCACGCACGGAAUUGACAGUUCAGAUGCAUGCAUAAGUGGAAGGGACACACAUGCACGUGUAAACAAAAAUAUUGGUGGUAUUUCGAUGGAUUCUGGUUUGCGAAAAAUUGGUAUAGAAAGUGUGAAUGUCCCUGAUGAUAUGUAUCUUCUAAAGGACGCAGAAGCAGGAAGGCACAUUGUCCAUAAGGAGAAUGACAAUAAAUUAUUUCCGUUCCAAAAGGACACGACAUUGGUAGGUAAGGAAAACCAUCUAUACAAUGGUAUGUUGUCUAAAAAUUUGACGUUGAAUGGAAAGACCCUCAACAAUGCUGCAUAUGUAAACCCAAACUUCAAUGAUACACAACAAACUGGGGCAUCUGAUUUAAAUUUUAACAAUGUGGUAGGGGAAGAAUUAUACAUGAAUAAUUUUGAAAGUAGCUAUUUAGACAAUAUGGAGCUUUACGAAAGCAGGAAUAGAAAUAAAAUUCAUGAAUUAAGUCAUAACGCUUAUAUGAAUGUUAACCCUUUGAGGAAUAGUAACCUGAAUGCAUUUGUGAAGGAAGCGAUGAACAUUAGGAAUAGCAAUGUAGAGAUGAAGAAAAACAUAAAAAAAGUGGAAAUGAAUAAUACCGAUUUUAAUAUAAGCGUGAGGAAAGAUAUUAAUGGAAUAGGAAGUGAAGUGGUUACAAUUACAGAUUAUGCAAACAAUAAUAAUAUCGAAAAUGUCAAUAAUUGGUGGGAUAAAAAUACAGUAAAUAAUAAUUAUCAAGGAUUGGAUAAUGUCAUUACAUAUGAUUUUUACACUCCUUCCUCCUUUGCAUUAAAUUCCAGAAUUCAAAGAAACACAAAUUAUAAUAAUAACUACGAUAUGUUAGAACAAUCGAAUAAAUAUGAAAACAUUCGUUUCAACAAUUAUGAGAAUAUUCAAUCUAAUCAGAACAACACUAUUUUCGAAAUCGACAAGCUGAAUAGUUCCUACUUGUUCAACAUUAACUCUUUGAAACCGGAUGUAAAUUCCCCAUUUUCUGAUAAUACACUUUUAAAUUACAACCAGCUGGAUCGAAAUAACCUCAUAAAGAGAAACAUGGAAAGUCCUUUAGAUAACACUUCUGUUAGUCCAAUAUCAUUUCAGCCAAAGGACAAUAAUAAUGUUUGCAAUGAUGAAGAGAUUCCAGUUGGCAUAGGUAAAAGUGCAACAAUGAACUUAGUUAUGAAUGAUACAGAUCAGUUAGGUCAAAAAAAGAAGCUAGACCUUCCUUCUUGCUAUCCCAAAGCAGGGAAUAAUCAGCCACAGCAAGGAGAUAAUAUCUGCAAAGAGAAUCAUAAGAAAACGAAACAGGUAGUAAGAGAGGAUUUUCUAGAUAAGAAAAAGAGUGAUAUUGAAAAAAAUGUAAAGAGAUCUAAAUCGGUGGAUGUUAAAAAAAAUGAAACGAAAAAUGAUUUGACGGAUAGUACAGGCUCUAUGAAACCUAAGAUGAAAACAAAGAUAUUUAACUAUUCUGCAAAUAAAAAAAACGGGCUGAGAGAUAUGUCAACGUAUGCUGAUAAAGUUCUUCAGGAUAUGAAAUCUCUCAUUCCAUUCAACGUUAACAAUAUAACUGAAAAAUUAUCCAAGGAGGAAAAAAUGAAUAAUAGCAUCAGCGGAAUUAUUCCUAAUAAGAACAAUUCUACCAAUAGUAACAAAAUGAAUAAUAAAAAUUCUAAAAUGUUUGAUGAAAAUAACGCAAACAAAGUUAACAUUGAAAAUAAUAAAUCCAAUUGCUAUGAUGGAGAACCUAUUAUUAAAAAUAGUUCUGUCUCUAUCAAUUUAGACUCAAAUUGUAAGUAUAAGGAAAUGAAUGAUCAAUCUUGUACAUCUCGAACGGAUGAUGUGAGCUGUACAAGGCAAAAUAUGAUGAAAGGAUUUCAUAGCAAUAAUGAACAAGAAAAAGAUGAUUAUAUGGGGAAAUAUAUAAAUGAUCAGCAUUUGAAAAAUAUAAGCACAUCAAAUAAUGUUCAUACGAAUAAUUAUUUUGUCACGGGAGACAAAGUAUAUGACAAUGUCAUACAAACAAAUAAUGAGAAAAAUAUUUUACUAACUAGGCUUUAUUCAAAUUGUGAUAAAAUAGAAAAAGAUAUUUACAUUCCUUUGGAAGAACAGAAUAAUGACGAAUAUAGAAAAAUAAAUGUCGAUUUAAAUAGCAACAUGGAUAAUAUUAAUUUUUCAAAUUUGAGCAAUUUUCCACUUAAUACAUUUAAGUUCGAUAAUGUGUUAAAAGAAAACCAUUUAAAUAAUUAUUCAAAUAUUGGAAAUAAUGGUUUAAAUAAUAAAUUAAUCCCAACUCCUAGUUUUGCUUCAAGCAUAUUAGCUUAUAAUCAUAAUGAAGAAAAUCACCAAUUUCAGUCUGAAACACGCAAAAACUUAAGUAGUUUCAGGGAAGCCUUAAAAAAAAAAGGCAUUCUGGGUUAA